CCACCUAUUAGUGCCAGUCAGUGCCACCUAUCAGUGCCUGCGCAUCAGUGCCGCCUAUCAGUGCCAGUCAGUGCCACCUAUCAGUGCCAGUCAGUGCCGCCUAACAGUGCCAGUCAGUGUCACCUAACAGUGCCAGUCAGUGCUGCCUAUCAAUGCCGCCUAUCAGUGCCAUGUAUCAGUGCUGCCUUUCAGUGCCCAUCAGUGAUGCCUGUCAAUGCCCAUCAAUGCCACCUGCCAGUGCCUCCUCAUCAGUGCCCAUCAGUGCCACCU